AUGCCACCCCGUCGCGCUGCCUCCACCAAGACCGCACCCAAGCGCGACCGCUCGUCCUCUCUCUCGGACUACUCUGAACCAGAGUCCAAGCCCGAGCCCAAGAAGCGCGCCCCUCCCAAGGCCAAGGCCAAGGCCACGGCCACGACCACAGCUAAACCCAAGGCCGCCAAAGCUGCCAAGUUCCCUCCACCCGGGCUCGACGCUGCGUCGCACCCGGCCCGCUCUGGACUGCCAGCGUUCCAGUUCACCGAGACCAAGGAGAAUGGUGCCAUUGGCCCGCGUGAUCCCUCUUUGCCCCUCUUCGUGGGCGCACACGUCAGCAUGGCUGGUGGACCGGCGACGGCCCUCCUGCGGGCUUCCAAGGCCGGCGCAAACGGUCUGGCGCUGUUUGUGAAGAGCCAGAGGAAAUGGGCUUCAAAGGACUAUGAGCCCGAGGUGAUCGAGCAGUGGAAGGAGCUCGCCAAGAGCAAAGACGAUGGCGGAAUGGGAUACAACCCCGAGUCGAUCCUCGUGCACGGCGGAUACCUCAUCAACCUCUCAAACAACGACGAGACCAAGUGGAACCAGUCGUAUGAGUGUUUCCGCGACGACAUUCACAGGUGUCACCAGCUUGGUAUCAAGCUGUACAACUGGCACCCCGGAUCGACUCUUGGCAACAUUUCCAAAGAGGAAGGGUACAAGCUCGUUGCAAAGGGUAUCAACAAGGUGCACAAGGACGUCCCAGAGGUCAUUACCGUCAUUGAGAACAUGGCCAACGCCGGCUCCAACAUUCUUGGCACUGCGUUUGCCGACCUGAAGGGCAUGAUCGACCUGGUCGAGGACAAGUCUCGCGUCCGUGUAUGCCUGGAUACCUGCCACACGUUUGCUGCGGGCUACGACCUGCGCACCCCCGAGGCCUACGCUGCAACUAUGAAGGAGUUUGACGAGGUCGUGGGCAACAAGUAUCUCGGUGGCAUCCACCUGAACGACUCCAAGACCGACCUCGGCUCCAACAAGGACCUGCACGAGAACAUUGGCUUGGGACAAAUUGGCCUCGACGGCUUCCGCCAGCUCAUGCGCGACCCGCUCAUGGUCGGUAUCCCCAUUGUCCUCGAGACACCCUCGGGCCCCGCAGGCGCAGUCGAGAAUGGCGACCUGGAGAUUUGGGCCAAGGAGAUCAAGCUCCUGUAUGAGAUCCAGGCCAUCUCCGAUGACGAGUGGGAGACCAAAAAGGUGGACAUUGAAGCGCGCUGGCGUAAAGAGCGCGACGCCAUCUCCCCGCCCAAGGAGACUACCAAGAAGGCUGCCCCUGCCAAAAAGGCUGCUCCUGCCAAGAAGGCCGCAGCGCCGAAGAAGGCCAGCAAGAAAAAGGUGGUCGAGAGUGAGAGCGAGAUGAGUGACGGGGACAGCGAGUAA